AUGCAUUUCUCCCACGCUUUGAUUGCCCUCGUUGCUGCCGGCCUGGCCAAUGCCCAGCUUCCUGAUGUUCCUAAAUGCUCGCUUAACUGCUUCGUCUCCGCCCUGACCACUGACGGAUGCUCCAGUCUGACUGACUUUGCCUGCCACUGCGCAAAGCCUGCACUGGUUAGCAACAUCACCCCUUGCGUUGAGAAGGCCUGCGGCCUUGCCGACCAAGCAUCCGUCUCCAAUGUCGUCGUCUCCCAAUGCUCAUCAGCCGGCGUUCCUAUUUCGCUCGCCCCAAUCGUGACCGCCAGUGCUACCACUGGCGCUACCACCAGCUCUGCUCCCGCUGAAACCACCGCAGAGACCACUGCUAGUUCCUCUGCCACUGAGAGCGCCUCUAGCACCUCUGGGUCCACUGAGUCCUCCGCUUCGGCUACUGACUCGAGUGCUUCCGCCUCGGUGCCUACUGGCUCCACCACUCUCAGCUCGGGCUCCACCCCCAGCGGAUCUACCCCUGCUGGCACUUCCACCCCGCUUACCAAGGGUACCGGUACCAAGACCAGUGGUAGCACUUCGGCCACUACCUCGCCUGCCUACAAUGCUGGUGCUAAUGUCAAGGGUAACCUGGCUGGUGUUGCUGCCAUCGCUGCUGCCGCUGCUUAUAUCCUGUAA